CACAGUUAAGAUGGCACCACGCUGCGCCGCGCCGCGCCGCGCUGCAGAAGGCAUGAGGAAAACCGCUGAUGUCCGGUGGAUGUCUUGGCUUCCUCUAGUGGCAGCGAUUUCUCUGCCUCUUGCUGAAGGACGCCUCGACUGCACGUGCCACGUCCGGGCUCAGAAGCGCAGCGUGGUCCACAUCAUUUGCCCUAGCUUGCAGAAUGGGAGUGCGGUCGACAGCUGCGUGACAGCAGGGAGCGACAGCGGCCUGCCAGCUCGACGACACGACAGCGACGGCUUCCUGUUCCUGCCUCCACGCUCACUGGUCAAGUUUUCCCGAGCCUGCCAGUCGUGGCACCAGGCCCGCAACGCCUGCGAGGCUUUCGACGCCACCUUGUUCGUGUCCGUCGACGAAGAGAGUGUCAAUCUGCUCACCAAGAGCCCCUUCAAAGAGCGUUACGUCGACCAGUAUUUCAUCGGACUCACUGAUGUGCUUUCUGAAGGAAUCUUCGUGGACAUAGAAGGGCAUCCAGCGCAUUACCUGAACUGGAGCAGCGGUGAGCCGAACGAUGUGGGGGGUAGAGAAAACUGCGUGACGCUGAACGCUAAAGGCCAGAUGAACGACCUGGGCUGCGACGUGGACGCGCCGUUCCUGUGCGAGCGGCGGCUGCGCUCGGCGCCGCCCCCCGGCUACACGCUGCUGCCCGCGGCGGGCUCCUUCGUGCGGCUCAGCGACGCCGGGGACCUGCGGGCGCGCGCCGCCGCCGCCGCCGCGUGCGCCGCCCAGGGGGCGCGCCUCUUCGUGCCGGACACCGCGGCCGCCACCGAGGCGCUGCUGCGGCACGUGCCCGUUGACGCCGGCCAAAUGCUGGUCGGCCUCUCCGACGCACACACCGAGGGAGUCUUUGUCACUGAUGCGGAUGAGCGCCUGUCGGACAUGGAGUUCCACGAAUGGCUGCCCGGGCAGCCGGACGAUGGGGGUGGCGGUGCCGGCGCCGGAGAGGACUGCGUGGCGCUGCACUCGCACGGCUUCCUGGCCGACGUGUCCUGCGAGCUGCCGCUGCGCUACGUCUGCGAGUGGCUGCCGUGACCACCGUGUCCGUUUCGUCACCAGCCAGACACCGCCUCUCACAGCCGCGCACAAACGAUAUCUCAGGAUGGACCUUACACCUUUCUCAUGAAGGACGCGUCUUCGGUUUAUCAAACACCUUUCUGUGAAGAAACAACGUACUGUCCGAAAUAGUCUUAUAGAUAAAUAACACUCAAGAAAUCUCAGCGCUUAGCCGAGCUGUAAAUAAUUAAAACAUAUGAACUCUAGAACCACUAGUCAAGUAAGGCCCCCUUACACAGAAACGUACGCACUCGUGUGCAAAGCAGAGAUAAAGAAUGGGGGUGUGGUGGAGUCAGACGGAUACCGAGGUAGAAAUAAAGUGUGUGAAGGUAUGAAAAGUCAAUAUUAUAAUCUCUUACCAUGAAAUGCUACUUUCGCAUCUCAAAAAACCCAAAUUUAAAGUAAGAAAACAACUGUUUUGUCACGAAUAUUCGCCCUAGUCACGCAGCUGAACACUGCGAGUGCUUAAUACAAUUUCUUAGCUGUUCCAGCACAAGUCAUUAAAGCUAUGCGGGACGUAACAUCUCAAAGAUGUUGAAACCAGUUGCACCUUUAGGAUGAGAAAUAAGAAAGAAGAAACCGAUUCCCCCACAAAUACUCAUUAAUUAAUUUUGUAAGAAAUCCAUGACACAAUAUCUUGUACUUUUCUUGUAAUUAUAAGUUUCAGCCGAAUUAGGCCAUAUUCAGGCCGAAAAUGGGCAGAGGAUGGUAAGUAUAAAAGAAGUGAAUGAGGUGGUGUCCAGGUGCACCAGCCAAUGCUUGUGGUAGCUCUCAUCCUCUGCACAUUUUCUGUCUGAAGGUGGCCAACUCAGAUGAAACCCUAAUUUCAACAAAAAUACUUUGUCUAGACUGCACUUUGUUCAUAAAUUCAUAAAAAAUCAUAGCUUUUUCUCCUCGCUAGAAAGCACCGAUAUUCCGUUAGUUAAUUGUCGUUUCUCUGGUGACUUUAUCGCAAACGACUCUUUGCCUGUCAGAGGCUUGUAUCAACUUCAAAUAUCAUCGAACUGUUUAUCCUUUUUUAAAAUGAACAUACCACCAUUUGACCGUACUGUUGUUCACUUAAUUACGACCUAGAUUUAGGCCUUUUUGCCAUUUAAGGAAAUAUUGGC